GGGUGAGGUGGCCAGCCGCUGAUCCACCGGUAUCAUGGCUUCCUAACAGGAGGGGGGAAGCGACUGAGAAGGAAAACAAGGAUUUUUUUUUGAUAAAACCCGACCAGAUAAUCGCCUUUUUUUUUCCAGAACCAGAGGGGCUCGUCCUCCCCUGCAGCCCCCCCGCCCCCCCCUCUGGGAUCCAGGGACACUUUAACAUCUUUUAUUUCUGAAUUUCCAUCCGUCAACCGCGGAAGAUGGCCGACCCGGCGGAGUGCACCAUCAAAGUGAUGUGCCGUUUUAGGCCCCUGAACAGCUCCGAGGUGACCAGGGGCGACAGAUACAUCCCCAAGUUUCAAGGGGAGGAGAACGUGAUCAUCGGGGGUAAACCGUACAUGUUCGACAGAGUGUUUCAGUCGAAUACAACACAGGAACAAGUGUACAAUGCCUGCGCCCAGAAGAUUGUAAAAGAUGUUCUGGAUGGAUACAAUGGAACAAUUUUUGCAUAUGGGCAGACAUCUUCUGGCAAAACACACACCAUGGAGGGGAAUCUGCAUGACACAGACGGAAUGGGCAUCAUCCCCAGGAUAGUGCAAGAUAUCUUCAACUACAUCUAUUCCAUGGAUGAAAACCUGGAGUUUCAUAUCAAAGUUUCAUAUUUUGAGAUUUACUUAGACAAGAUCCGGGACCUUUUGGAUGUGUCAAAGACCAAUUUGUCAGUGCAUGAAGACAAAAACAGAGUACCCUACGUCAAGGGCUGCACUGAGAGAUUUGUCUGCAGUCCAGAGGAGGUCAUGGAUACAAUUGAUGAAGGCAAAUCAAACAGACACGUAGCAGUUACAAACAUGAAUGAGCACAGCUCCAGGAGUCACAGUAUUUUCCUGAUAAACGUCAAACAGGAGAACACUCAGACAGAGCAGAAGCUCAGCGGAAAACUUUACCUGGUGGAUCUGGCUGGUAGUGAAAAGGUCAGUAAAACAGGAGCAGAGGGAGCAGUGCUGGAUGAAGCCAAGAACAUCAAUAAGUCUCUGUCAUCUCUGGGAAACGUCAUCUCUGCCCUGGCUGAAGGAACGGCCUACAUCCCCUACCGAGACAGCAAGAUGACCCGUAUCCUCCAGGACUCGCUGGGUGGUAACUGUCGAACCACCAUCGUUAUCUGCUGCUCUCCUUCCUCCUAUAAUGAGUGCGAAACCAAAUCCACUCUCAUGUUCGGACAAAGAGCAAAGACCAUCAAGAACACGGUCACUGUGAACAUCGAGCUUACAGCAGAGCAGUGGAAGCAGAAGUAUGAGAGGGAGAAGGAGAAGAAUAAGACCUUGAGGAACACCGUCACCUGGCUGGAGAAUGAGCUGAAUCGCUGGAGGAAUGGUGAGAGCGUGCCAGUGGAGGAGCAGUUUGACAAGGAGAAGGCCAACGCCGAGGUGCAGGCCUUGGACAACAUAAUCAAUGAAAAGCCGGCCGUCACACCCAACGUGCCGGGUGUUCGCCUCACCGACGUGGAGAAGGACAAGUGUGAGGCUGAGCUGGCCAAGCUUUACAAACAGCUGGAUGAUAAGGAUGAGGAAAUCAACCAGCAGAGCCAGCUGGCUGAGAAGCUGAAACAGCAGAUGCUGGACCAGGAUGAGCUUCUAGCCUCCUCCCGCCGCGAUCACGAGAACCUCCAGGCAGAGCUGAACCGCCUGCAGGCAGAGAAUGAGGCCUCCAAGGACGAGGUGAAGGAGGUGCUGCAGGCCCUGGAGGAGCUGGCUGUCAACUACGACCAGAAGAGCCAGGAGGUGGAGGAUAAGACCAAGGAGUUUGAGGCCAUCAGCGAGGAGCUUAACCAGAAAUCGUCCAUCCUGUCAUCUCUGGACUCUGAGCUCCAGAAGCUGAAGGAGAUGUCCAACCACCAGAAGAAGAGGGUGACCGAAAUGAUGUCUUCACUGCUCAAAGACCUCGCUGAGAUUGGCAUCGCCGUAGGCAGCAAUGACAUCAAGCAACACGAGGGCGGCAGCGGCAUGAUAGAUGAGGAGUUCACAGUGGCUCGUCUCUACAUCAGUAAGAUGAAGUCAGAAGUGAAGACCAUGGUGAAACGCUGCAAGCAACUGGAGAGCACCCAGUCAGAGAGCAACAAGAAGAUGGACGAGAACGAGAAGGAGCUGGCUGCCUGUCAGCUGCGCAUCUCCCAGCAUGAGGCUAAAAUCAAGUCCCUGACUGAGUACCUGCACAACGUGGAGCAGAAGAAGAGGCAGCUGGAGGAGAACGUGGACUCUCUCAAUGAGGAACUUGUCAAGCUCAGUGCUCAGGAGAAAGUCCACGCCAUGGAGAAAGAGAAUGAGAUUCAAACUGCCAAUGAAGUCAAGGAAGCGGUGGAGAAGCAGAUCCAUUCCCAUCGUGAAGCUCAUCAGAAGCAAAUCAGCAGCCUGAGAGAUGAGCUGGACAACAAGGAGAAACUCAUCACUGAGCUGCAGGAUCUGAACCAGAAGAUCAUGCUGGAGCAGGAGAGACUGAGAGUGGAGCAUGAGAAACUCAAAUCCACCGACCAGGAGAAGAGCCGCAAGCUGCAUGAGCUUACGGUGAUGCAGGACAGAAGGGAGCAGGCCAGACAGGACCUGAAGGGUCUGGAGGAGACAGUGGCCAAGGAGCUGCAGACCCUGCACAACUUGAGGAAGCUCUUUGUCCAGGACUUGGCUACCAGAGUGAAAAAGAGCGCUGAGAUGGACUCGGAUGACACAGGUGGGAGUGCAGCACAGAAACAGAAAAUUUCCUUUCUUGAGAACAAUCUUGAGCAGCUCACCAAGGUUCACAAACAGCUGGUGCGUGAUAAUGCAGACCUGCGCUGUGAGCUUCCUAAACUGGAAAAGCGUCUUCGUGCUACGGCUGAGCGGGUCAAGGCCCUGGAGUCUGCUCUGAAGGAGGCCAAGGAGAACGCCGCCCGCGACCGCAAGCGCUACCAGCAGGAGGUGGACCGCAUCAAAGAGGCCGUGAGGGCCAAGAACAUGGCCAGGAGGGGACAUUCAGCCCAGAUCGCCAAGCCUAUCCGGCCCGGGCAGCAGCCAGUGGCGUCUCCCACCCACCCCAACAUCAACCGCAGUGGAGGAGGCUUCUACCAGAACAGCCAGACGGUGUCCAUCAGGGGAGGAGGCAGCACCAAGCCAGAAAAGAACUGAAGAACAGCGGGAAAGAAGGACGACACCACUGAAGAAGCCAAUAUCACCCCGCCCCCCGCCCACCCCGACAACCUGUCAUUCCAUUACAGCGAACAGGCUCCUCGUCGCUGCUUUGGAGCCACGAAGGAGUUUCUGAAUUAUAAAUAUAUAUAUAUAAAUAUUCCUGGCCUGUACAGCUCCAACCCCAACACCACCACCACCCACUCCCCCCCCCACUUCCCCCAAUUCUCAUCAAGACUUAUCUCUUUUUCUCUUACUGGAUAUAAUAAAGAAUAAAAAAAAGACAACAGAUUUAAUUUACAAAAGGCAAGAUAAUAUUCUUACCCACCGAACCAAACGCAGUCUUGAGCGCAGCCUCGGCGAGCGAAACCGCGCGCACCUCAAAUGCGUUCGGUUUUCGUUUCUUUUUGUUCUGCACAGUCUGUCGUCAUCCGUCGUCGUCGUGCGAGUAGUUCUGCACUGUGCCAAGCUGAAUGUAAGGGUAGCAAGAUCCGAAAAAAAAAUAAACCCAAACUAAAACACACACACACACACAAAAAAAGACCAAAAAAUAAAUAAAAAAGGAGACCCUACCACGAGAAAUAGCUUGAUCCUUAUAGGCUAACCUCUGUACAUUUCAUCCUUACUAUUAUUGGUUGUUAACCACACUUUUCUCUGGAUAGAUUUUACAUGCUUCUUUAAAGAAAAAAACAAACAAAAAAAUGUAAGGUUUUGAAUUGACUAGAUGGCGUUGAGCACUACUGUUCUGUCCGGUCUUGUACAGAUGUAAAAUUGGCACUACUGCACACGCUUCCCUGGAAAGAGAGAAAGAAAGAGAGAGAGAAAGAGAGCUGUCUGAAAUAGGGGAACGGCUAAAAAGGAGGAUUUAAAAAAAAAAAAAAGAAAAGCCAAGACGUGCGACAGUGUACUGUAGAUGUAUUUAACUAAAAUACCUGUGGAGGCCAAUUGUUUUUAUCAUUUAAGUUAAAAUAAAACCUAUACUUGUUAUUGGUGACUUCAUGAGAAGGAUGUAAAGAAUGUAGAAAGGAGGGAGGAGAAUGAUCCGGUUAACACAACAAAACUUCCACCUUUUUUUUAGCAUAGCCCUAUGCUAAGUAGCUAAAUGUACUGUUUUUACUUCUCUCAGUGGUUAAUAAUGCUGUGUUAAUGGACGCUAUUUAUAUCUCUCUGCACAUUGGAGCACAUUAGACUGCAGGCGUUUAGACUGAGAUAGCACACACCACAACGCUCGUCCUGUCCUAGCGGGGUCGCAGUCACUCACCCUUCUCCAGGACCUGUUCUUUGUUUUUGUUUUUGUUGUAAUCCUGACCCCGAUCAGGAGCCGGUUUUGAUCCCCGUCGUCUCAUCGUUUCUUUUCAAGGGUGCCUCGCUUUGUUUUGGGGUUUUUCUUUUCUUUUUGUUUUUUGUUUCUUCUUCCCUCUCACACCCUUUUUCGUCGUUUCUUAGAGAUUUAGGAGACGUAACUGUACGUGCCCCCCACCCCCCUUUUUUUGGUUGUAAAUUUGCAGAUAGCAAUUUGUUUUGCUGGGUUUUUAAUGUACUGUAUCUCUUUCAUUGUUCCAUAGAUCAUGUAGAUGCAUAUUUGAAGGGGCGGGGAGGGGGAGGGUGUGUGUCAGUCGAUGGGGUCAGACCCUUGCCGCUGAUCAACCAAUCAGGAGAGCAGGGUCUAAAAUUGCACAACAAUCUUCAUCAUCUGGAGGAAGCGUUUAUUUAACUAAAUCUAGUCAGGGGUGUAGGAUUUAUUGUGUUCUGCUGUCUUUGUUGUAUUUUUUUAGUGUCAUCUUAUGAUUUGUUUUUGCUUUGUUUUCAUUUUAAUUCCCACCACAGCUUGUUUUCUUUUUGUUUUAUUAACCCUGUGAUGAAGCCCCAGUGCAUUGGCAAAGAGCUUGUAGUGAUUGUAACCCCAGCGUGAGAACACUAACAUCUUGUGCAAGUGCAAUAUACUGUAAAAUACACUGUACAUCAGUCGACUGGCGGGUGUGAUCAGGGUGUGCUUGCAGCGGUAAUCCUGCCACAUGGAGUCCAAGUUCUGCCCCCCUCUCUUCCUUUGUUAACUUCUGUUCCGCUAUCGUUUGGUUCUCAGUGUAUUGAGUGCUUCUUUCGUUGCCCUGGAACACGAUACAGCGGGUUUUUCUGGACUGUAUCUACUACCGCGCUGGACAGUAAACUCCCUGCAGACGACGAGAUGAUCAGACUUCACCAACCAGUGCGGUAGUAGAUACUUUAAAUUAGCUUCAGCUUUUGAGAAACACUUCCUUUUUUGGGCUGAGGCUAGUGGAACAAAUCUAGCUGGUUUAAAAAAAAAAAAAAAAAGGGGGUGGGGUAGGAAUUUCGGCUUUCUUUCGUAAGAUGUCGCGCUAUAAAACCUGCCAUCUUGUCACAGGAAGGUUGGGUUUUUAUAGCCCUUCUUCACAAUACCUGCACUCAUAAAAAACACUCCAUACGAGGCUGUUUCUGACUGGAGGAAGAAGUUUCCAAAGCCCUGUACGUGGAACUGUUUGUUGACAGCAAAUAAUCUAUAAGUAGUAUUAAUGACUUUUUACAAGCUGCAGGAGGAGUCGCUCCCCCCCCCCAUAUCUAUGACAGGACAGUGUUUGGUGUCUAUCGAGAUGGUUUAUUCCCUCUGUGUAAUCUUUUAGAUUAGUUAAGACUUUGCAGCAUGGACCUCAAAAUGUUUAUCCUUUGACCUACCACCAAAACUGGAUAUGAAAUGGGGAAAAACAAAACAAAAAAAAAAAACAAUAGUAGAUAAAAACGGCAAAGAAUAUUUGUGGUGUUUACCUAAAUUGAAUUUUGCAUUAAUUCUAAAUUAAAAAAACAAAGUGUAGCCACUUUUUUUAUUACUGUGUAAUAGUUGGUCAAUUUUUAAAGGACAGUUUUGAGGAUCCAUCAGUGGACAAGGUACUGGAUCAUUCCUGGAGAACUGGGGCACAAAUAGCAGGGCUCUGAUAUGGACGGAGAUGGGAAGUUCAUGAGAUCACAGUUUUGGAUUGAUUGCAUGAUGUAAAUGUAUGUGUGAUUAAAUAAUUAUGAGAAAAACA